GUUAAGUUAGAAAUUAUGGCGAAGAAUGCUUUACUGAAUGCAAAGAUUGACAAUUCGGUAGAGGUGAAUGCGAUUGAUGUUUUGAAAGACUUCAAGUCGUCGAGUAUUGAACCGAACAUAGAUACAUUCGCUGCGUUGUCAAGGAUAUAUGCACUGAAAGGGGAUGUCGUCGGAAUUGUUGAAAUAAUAAAUCACAUGAAAGAAGCGGGCAUUGCAAGUGACCAACGAAUAAUUGAAUCGAUGAUAUACGCGUUGGCCUUAUCAGAUCGUGACGAACAAGCUCUAUCUAUUAUCAAGUCCUUUUCAACGACUAAUCAAACCUUCUCUGAAGAAGCAAAACUUCGUAUCAGUUAUGCGAAUGCAAAAGCCUCAAAGGGAGACAUCGAUAACGCGUUGAAGAUAUUCGAUGGUGUUUCGGAACGAUUGCGAAUCCGAUCGAAAGAGAAUUCAAAUUUAAUGCUCAACAUUCUGUUCACUUUAUUGGAGAAACAUGAUUGGAACGGUGCUGAAAAGCUGAAAAGUUUGCUGAAUUUGGAUGAAGAUGGCAAAUUCUCGGAUUAUAUUGAAUUCACGACAGUUCUCGGUCGAAUACGUCAAUAUCGUGAUCAAAAAGAGGCGAAUGUGGAAGGCGCCAUUUAUUUAUUCAAAUUAUUACCCGAGAAAUAUGCUAGAACGCAACGAGAUUUCUUCAAGAGUUAUCUUUUUGAUAAAUUGAAGCAGUCGAGCGACGUUGAUGAAUCCGUACAACUGGGCGUUCAGUUGGAACAGGCCGAUAUAUUGAAGAAUCCACGAAGGAUUCUUAUCGAUCAUGCUUUGGCGAAUAAUCGAGCUAGAUUCUAUGAGUUGUAUGAAAAGUUUCUGAAAAGUGAUGAGUUCAAACGACUCGGUAAACGCGCACAUCUCGCAUAUCCGUAUAUCGUUCAUUCCUUGAAUCAGUUGUCAAAUAGUAGCAAUGAGAAGAAAGUUGAAAUUUUUGUACAUAUAGCAAGUGCCCUAUUCAAAUGGGAACAACCGGAGAUGCGAUUUCUAAAGCAGUGGUUUAUGGAACCACUCAUGAAAAAUUCGAGUGUGUUGACGGAAGUUAUGUGUGAAAUUUGUAAAGACGAAAAGAUCCGAUCGAAUAUCGCUUCAAUGGUUAUCGAUCAUUUAUUGUUUAGAAAUAAAUUCAAGGAAGUGACGGAACUUUUGGAUGGGUGA